AUGUUAUUCUACUUGACGACACUGAACCUUGCGAGGUUCUUGACUGUAGAUGCACCACCAAGUAAUGAAAAGAGUGAUAAAGAGACAUUCAUGGCGGUGGAUGCAUGGAAGCAUUCUAAUUAUUUAUGUCGGAAUUACGUCUUAAAUGGCCUGUCUGAUGCUUUGUAUGGAAUGUACUGUGGCAUGAAAUCAACAAAGGAGUUAUGGGAAACUUUGGACCGCAAAUGCAAAACUGAGAAAGAAGGGAUGAUAAUUAAUGAAGCCUUUCAAGUACCUGCUAUGAUUGAGAAGCUACCUCCUAGUUGGGGAGACUUCAGGAAUUAUCUCAAGCACAAGAUAAAGGAAAUGGAUAUGGAGGCUCUUAUUGGAAAGCUUCAUAUCGAAGAUGAUAAUAGGGGAUCUGAUAAAAAGUCUUUGAAGGCCAUGGUGAAGGCUAAUAUUUUGAAACAUGGUCAAAGAUCCAAGAUCAAGAAGAAAACUAGAAGAGAUUCCAAGUUGGGUUUUAAAAGAAGGAUCUCCAAGAAGGCUAAGUUUCAAGACAAGUACUUUAACUGUAACAAGAAGGGUCACAGAGUAGCGAAAUGUAGAUUGUUGAAAAGAAAGAAGAGCAAAGAGGCACAAAUGAUGGAGUACAUCACUCGAGAGGUUGAUGAGAUUGACCUUAGUAUUGUUGUCUCUGAUGUGAACUUGGUGGGAUCAAGUCCUACAGAAUGGUGGGUUGAUACUGGUGUGACCCGUCAUGUAUGUUCUAACAAGAAUUUGUUCACUUCCUUCAAACCAUCUAAAAAUGGUGAGAAGUUGUUCAUGGGAAAUUCUGCCACAUCAGAAAUCCAUAAGGAGGGCAUAAUAGUCUUUAAGAUGAUAUCUGGAAAGGAGCUAACUCUUAACAAUGUGCUGUAUGUUCUAGACAUUUGA